AUCUCUCUCUAUCUUCUCUCUCUUCCAUCUACCGUUCAACAUCAACACAUAAAUGAAAACGCCUCUUCUCUCUCUCUCUCUCUAUCUCACUUUCAAAUUGUAGAGAAUUUAGACAAACAAUUCAAAUACCCAUACUUCUCUACACACUUCACUUCAGUUAUGCUUCUACCCUUCUCUCUCUACCACCACUACUACUGGUCCCACCUCUCUUUCUCUCUCUAGCCAUGUCAUCGCAAUCCUCCUCCACCUCCACCACCACCGCCACCACCGCGCCUGAGCAACAAGCUCCACUCCUCCACCCCCGCCAAGGCAGCUCCGACACCGCAACCACCCGCCCCACCACUCUGGCCUUGCUCCUGGGCCGCGCCUCAGGCCGGCGGGGCCCGUCCAUGCUGGUGAGGGAGACGGCGGCGAGGCAGCUGGAGGAGCGCCGGGCCGACUGGGGGUACUCGAAGCCCGUGGUGGCUCUGGACAUCAUGUGGAACGUGGCGUUCGUGGUGGUCUCGGUGGCCAUGCUGUUGUGGACUCUAGACGAGAAGCCGAACACGCCGAUUCGGCUCUGGAUCUGCGGCUACGCGCUGCAGUGCGGGGUGCAUGUGGGGCUGGUUUGGAUCGAGUACCGGAGGAGGAACCCGCGGAGGUCGGCGUCGAGAGUUAGGGUUGCCGGGGACGAGGAGAGUCAGCAGGCGGUGGAGGUUAGGAGAGAAGAAGGGAAUGAUAGCGAGGACGAAGACGACAACGGCGGUUUUGCGCCCCGGUCUAGUGCUGUUAAACGUUGUGAAUCGGUGAAUACGAUGGCAUCAUUUCUUUGGUGGAUAGUUGGCUUUUAUUGGGUUGUCUCUGGUGGAGAUAUACUUCUGCGAGAUGCUCCACGUUUGUACUGGUUGGCUGUGGUGUUUCUGGCAUUCGAUGUCUUCUUUGCCAUAUUUUGUAUUGUUUUGGCAUGUUUGAUUGGGAUUGCUCUCUGUUGCUGCUUGCCAUGCAUAAUUGCCAUUCUUUAUGCUGUUGCAGGACAGGAAGGAGCAUCAGAAGCAGAUCUUAGCAUCCUUCCAAAAUACAGAUUUCGAGCAUUGAGCAAUGAGGCAAAGCCUAAUGGGGGAGCAGGGUCAAUGGUUCCUGUGGAAACGAGUAGUGGAUACUUGGCAAUUGAACGUAUACUUCUACCUGAGGACGCGGAAUGUUGUAUAUGUCUCAGCUCAUAUGAGGAUGGAGCAGAGCUCCAUACUCUUCCCUGCAACCAUCAUUUCCAUUCUACAUGCAUUGUGAAGUGGCUUAAGAUGAAUGCAACAUGUCCACUCUGCAAGUACAACAUUCUCAAGGGAAGUGAACAGGUAUAAAGGAAAAAAAUAGGAACCCCCAAUGUCUGGGUUCAUCUACCCACAAUUUGUUUGUUUGUAUGUACAGAAAAUUGAGGCAGAAAGAGGAAAGCUUCUCCUAAUAUUUAUUGACAAUUACUUACAGCAACUUGUCAAUUGAGCCUCAUUUUCUGUUUUACGGCCAUUUGGAGUUGCCCUUUUACUCUUCAUGCCUUUGUAUGACUUGUUAAUUAUGCGUAUGCAAAAAUGGAGCAAUUGAUAUGCUGGUUUUACGUAGAUGCUUCUUUUUCUUUUCUUUUUUCCUGGUUUUGUAGUAUAUAGAAAAUGAUUGCUUGUAAUAUGUACCUUUUACCUCUGUGAUUUUGGGAAUUAUAUAUAGAUGAUUGGAUUAUUUCACU